AUGUUUGUCUCUCAAAGACUUUUGCUUGCUGUGCUUUCUAUCUUGGAAUCUUCCACUGCUUCACUAAACAUCAGGGAUGAGCUGUUCGUUCUUGACGGAAGAGAAGCUGCACCAUAUUUAUGUCCUCCCCAGCAGACGAUCACUAUAACUACAGAUGGAUGUCCACUUGUAUCCUCUUCCGUGCUUCCUAGCAGUGAGGUAUUUUCGACUUCCGGCUUCUCGUCUGCUUCCACCAGCUCCGAGAUUUUAACUACCACGGCAGUAUCUAGCAGUAUCGAAUAUGUUUCAACCCCAUUGAUACCAUCGGCAACGAGCUCGGCUGAAGCAUCAAGUCUCUCAUCAGAUAUCUUGACAUCCGAGUUUUCGACUUCAGGUGCAGCAGCCACUUCCACAAGUCAAAGUCUCGCCUCUUCGGUCGAGUCUUCGGUGCCAGUCUCAUCGCUGUCGGGAUCUCUUUCUUCAACCGAGAGCUUGGUAUCCUCGUCGUUCUCGUCCGAGUCUUUACUUUCAUCAACCAGUCUCCCUCUGGAGUCUACAACAAGCGUGGGUUCGGCGGAGCCCUCUUCUUACUUCACUUCGGCUUUCUCGACAAAUUCGGAAGCACCUACUUCGGUCCCAUUUUAUAUUUCGAGUAGCACGGUUCUUUCAGAGGUUUCUUCUUCAAUAAUCCAGAGUUCAAUUAAAUCUUCAGCAGUUGUCUCUGGAAUCUCCAGCUCUUUGGUCUCGUCAGAAACUGGCUCCAUCACUUCCGCCGAGAUCUCACCAUCUCUCACUUCAGAGAUCUCAUUUACCUCUUCCUCGGUAAUCCAGAGCUCAAUUGAAUCUUCUGUGGUUGUCUCUGGAACAACCACAGAAAUUCCUAGUUCUUUCGUCUCGUCAGAAACCGGUUCUGCUACUUCUGCUGAGGUCUCGCCAUCGUUGACUUCCGAAAUUCCACAAAGCACACCGGUGUCUAGUCAGGAAGCUAGCAGUUCGGUAGAAUUUACACAAUCGUCUUCCGUGCCCGCUGUGUCAACUUUAAUAUCGUCAACUAUAUCCAGUGCCGGUUCGUCGACUGAUAUCUCGUCAACUUUAAUACCGUCAUCUGUUCCCAGUGUCGGCUCGUCGAUUGACUUCUCGUCAACUUCAAUAUCGUCAUUUAUUUCCGAGGUCGGCUCGUCUACCGAAGUCUCGUCGUCUUAUGCCACCUCAACAGAACCAAGCAGUAUAUCCAUAUCAUCCGCAUCUGUUUCAUCACUACAAAGUUCAGAUGUCACUUCUAGCUACACUAUUAUCGAGAGUCUCAGCUCAAGUGCAUCUUCCCUCCCAUUUUCUGAAACGACGAGAAUUCCUGAGCCAUCGACGACAAUCUCAGAAUCAUCCAUUAUUGUCUCAAGCGAAAGUUCCAUCUUUACCUCUUCGGUCUCCGCCGAGCUUACUACUUCAACCGACUAUUUCCCAAGCUCGAGCUUAGUCUUUAGUACUGCGGCUUCCACCACAUACGUCUUACCCCUACCCUCCUCAUCCUCGCUCGAAUCGUCGCCACUUCCAUCUUCGGCCGCACCAUCCACAACCAUAUUAACCGUGACAUCCGCAUCUCUCCCAUCCAUAUCAUCCAUUACGAUAACCACAACAGUUAUUAGUACCGUCGGAGGCCAAACCACCACGGUAGUGUCAACAUUUACACAAGCGACCACCGUCGUAACGACUAUCGCAACAAGUGUCCAAGUACCAACGACAGUCGUCAGCUUGGGUACCACAACGGUUUUCCAAUAUACCACCGUUGCACCUCCAGCUUGCACGGUUCGUCCAGCUCUAAUUAACGGUGGUUUUGAAGACGGCAAUGGUACCAAUCCCUGGGUCGCUGUCGUCACAGGACCGGAUCCACCUAGCUACACCAUAUCUAGCAACCCCCAUAGUGGAUCCAACAGUUUGUACGUCAUUCCCUCCCCUCCUCCCCCUCUCUCCCCCCAACCCCCCCAUGAAAACCCCACUAACCCCUCUCCCCCUCCACCAGAGAACUACUCUUCUCCCCCACAACCUCCCCCACCUCCUACCUCACCCUCACGCAAACCAUCAGCGUCUGUCCCUCCUUCAACUAUCUCGCCACGGGCUACGUAA